AUGCCUCCCAUUCCCAGCCAAGCCUCACGAAAAGGAUCCAACAGGAAACCUAGACAGAAAGCGACCGUGAUUAAAACUGCGGACCAAGGCCAACCCCAGAAUGUGUCUAAUGUUGACAGAAAGAUCCUGGAAAGGAUUCAGAAAUGCCUUGAUCGCGCCCAUCACGCCAACUCAUCUGAGUCAGAAGCGAAAGCCGCCCUUUUCAUCUCCCAGAAGCUCAUGAGCCAGCACAACGUGACUCAAGCGGAUCUCCUGGCCAGCGACCAAAGCAACAGCAAGGCACACUUCGGCGGAUGCAGCAAGGUCCUUAUUACGAAGACCGAUGGCUCAGGAAAAAGAAUUAUGAUGGAAGCCUUUGCCAGCAAGUUAGCACUCGCAAUGUGCACCUUCUUUGAUUGUAAGAGUUUUUCGACUCACCGCCGCGAGUCUGUAGAAUGGAGCUUCUUCGGGAUUGCCAGCAACACUGUUGCCGCGGCGAUGUCUUUUGAGAUGGCGCACAAUCAAAUUCUGGACUGGGCGUGUGUCUACAAAGGUGGCACACCGACAUUCAGUUACCGUCUCGGUGUUGCCGACGGAAUUGCUGCGAUGGCCAAUCGCGAGAGAAAAAGAGAGCUGGAUCAAGUACAGCGCAAGGAACUGGAAUUUUUAGCUUGUCGAGAGCGCGAAGAAGCAGAGAAUCGCCGACGAGAGUUUGAGAGGUUACGGCUUCUACCCGCGCCUUCUACAGACCUUGAUACUUUAUCAAACCCUGACUACAAAUGUCUCGACCCAGCAGACCUCAAAGCCGAGGUCGAUUCCGAUUUCGAUAAUGAGACUGAUGAUGCUGAAGACUUUGGUACCAUGGCCGACUUCAACGCGGACGACAUGGAGAUUAUCGACCUCUGUGACGAUGUGAAUGAAAGCAUCAACAGGUUUGUGAAACGAGAACCCACAGAGCCACUACCUCCAACCGACAUACCUGCCUUUGACAGGAGUUCAGAGACAAGUAUCAAAAUAAAGUCCGAAACCGAGUCCAUACCACCAGCAUCCCCAUGGGAAUCUGGUGCCCAGCUUGUCCAGUUCCGCGCCACAGCAGAACAAGUGGCGGACGAUUAUUUGAAAGAAAAUAAAAUCAAGUUAACCCACCGUAAAAGCCGACAGUCUACUAUUCGAGAUUUCGAUGCCUAUCGUCAGGGCCAGAAGGACAGCUCAAAGAUCGAGAUUAGUCGGCAGGCACAAGGCUAA